AUGGCAAACAUUAAAUCUCUCCACGCUCGCGAAAUUUUGGAUUCUCGGGGAAAUCCAACUGUAGAAGUUGAUUUGAAGACAGACAGCGGAUUAUUUAGAGCCGCUUGUCCUUCAGGAGCAUCAACUGGCAUUUAUGAAGCCCUAGAGUUGAGAGAUGGUGACAAAAAGAGAUUUCUUGGGAAAGGUGUCCUAAAAGCUGUGAAGAAUGUAAACACAACAAUAAAGGAUGGUGUUGUUGGCUUUGAUGUGCUUAAACAGACAGAAUUGGAUAAUCACAUGGUUGAGAAAUUGGAUGGAACACAAAACGAAUGGGGAUUUUGUAAGUCUAAACUAGGAGCUAAUGCAAUUCUUGUCGUCUCUAUGGCAGCUGCCAGAGCAGCAGCAGCUCAUAAGGGUGUCCCACUUUACGUUCAUCUAGCUUCUCUAGCAGGGAAACCAACUGGUAAAUUUACGCUUCCAUUACCAUGUCUCAAUGUUAUUAACGGAGGCUCUCACGCUGGAAACAGUUUGGCCAUGCAAGAAUUCAUGAUUCUACCAACAGGUGCUACGACCUUCAGAGAGGCACUACAGAUGGGUGCUGAAGUUUAUCACACAUUGAAGAAUGUAAUUAGCAAGAAGUAUGGCCACGACGCCACAAAUGUAGGUGAUGAAGGUGGUUUUGCCCCAAAUAUCAAAUCGGCUGAAGAGGCACUCGAUCUUCUUGUUGACGCCAUAAACAAGGCCGGAUUUGAGGGUAAAGUCAAAAUCGGUAUGGAUGUAGCUGCUUCCGAAUUUUACGUCAAGGAAAAGUCUGCAUACAACUUGGGUUUCAAGUGUGAAAUUCCACUCUUGAAGAGUGGUGAUGAGAUGGUUGCCUAUUAUAAGGAAUUGUGUGAAAAAUAUCCCAUUGUCUCAAUUGAAGAUCCGUUUGACCAAGAUGAUUGGGAGUGUUACAAUAAACUAACCUCCGAAAUUGGUUCAAGUGUACAAAUUGUCGGUGAUGACUUGCUUGUAACUAAUCCUAAGAGAAUUGAAACUGCACUUGAGAAAAGGGCCUGCAAUGCACUUCUACUCAAGGUCAACCAAAUUGGAUCUGUUACUGAGGCCAUUAAUGCCUGCCUACUUUCUCACAAAAAUGGUUGGGGUGUUAUGGUUUCUCACAGAUCUGGUGAAACUGAAGAUACCUUCAUAGCUGAUCUUGUUGUUGCAUUAGGCACUGGUCAAAUAAAAACUGGCGCCCCUUGCAGAAGUGAACGUAAUGCAAAAUACAACCAGCUUUUACGUAUCGAGGAGGAGCUAGGCGAAAAGGCAACAUAUGCCGGUGUAAAUUUCCGUUCUUCUGGUCACUAG